AUGGCCAUGCAGCAAACAGGUAGUAGGAAGCGGAAAGAGCCCGCCAUCGAGGGGGCUGCCGCAAGCUCGUCCUUGCAGGGUUUGUUGGCAGCGGAUGGCGGGGGCCCGCUGCAGCCUAAGAGGCAGAAGCGGCCGGCGAUACGGCGCUCAUUGGUGCACUACCUGAACGACCGCGAGGGGGGCGCGCGGGGCCGCGUGGGGCUCAAAGGGUUCGAGGGCAAGUUGCGUGGCUACGUGGUGGAGAAGCUGCCAGGGCUGCUGCGAGAGCGCGAGCUGGCCCUGGGCACCCUCAACAAGGUGUUCGCGUCGCAGUGGCUGAACGACAGGCAUGUGGUGUGUGGCACCAAGUGCAACACACUCUUCGUGGCGGACGUGCUGUCGGGCCAAAUCACGCGCAUCCCGCUCAUGCGGGACGAGGGACCCGAGCUGGCCCGAACCCAGCCGAGCUGUGGCAUCCAUGCUAUCGAGCUGAAUCCCUCCAAGACUUUGCUGGCCACGGGGGGCGAGAACCCCAACAGCCUGGCUGUCUACCAACUGCCUACCCUGGACCCCGUGUGCCUGGGUGACCGCAACGGCCACAGGGACUGGAUCUUCGCCAUCGCCUGGAUGAGUGACACAGUGGCUGUGAGUGGGUCCCGCGACGGCACGUUGGCUCUGUGGAGAAUGGAUCCCGACAUGUUCAACAGCGGCAUCGCCUGGCACAAUGACGCGGGGGUCCCAGUGUACGCCCACAUCUGUCCGAUGGACAUAGAGACCAUCCCCAGGCCCAGCACCAAUCUCAGUAACAGAAAGGUGCGGGCCCUGGCCUUCAGUAGCAAGAACCAGGAGCUGGGAGCAGUGUCCCUUGAUGGGUACUUUCACCUGUGGAAGCCCCGGAGCACCCUGUCCAGGCUGCUGUCUAUCAGGCUGCCCUAUUGCCGAGAGAAUGUGUGCCUGACCUACUGUGAUGAGUUGUCCCUGUACGCAGCGGGCUCCCAGUCCCACGUCUCCUUUCUGGAUCCGCGCCAGCGCCAGGAGAACAUUCGGCCACUGUGCUCCCGAGAGGGCGGCACUGGCGUGCGCUCACUGAGCUUCUAUCAGCACAUCAUCACCGUGGGCACCGGCCAUGGCUCCCUGCUCUUCUAUGACACCCGUGCCCAGAAGUUCCUGGAAGAGAGGGCCUCGGCAGGCCAGGACUCCUUCCUGGCGCCCACAGGGAGGAAGCUCAGGCUCACCUGCGGCAGAGGCUGGCUGAACCACGAUGACUUGUGGGUGAACUACUUUGGGAGUGUGGACGAGUUCCCCAACGCGCUCUACACCCACUGCUACAACUGGCCGGAGAUGAAGCUCUUUGUGGCUGGGGGGCCUCUCCCUUCAGGCCUGCAUGGGAACUACGCAGGCCUCUGGAGCUAA